AGCACCGUGCACAAUUCCAGUCUCCCCAUCUCUGGGUCAGACUCACACUGGGAGCACCAUGCACAAUUCCAGUCUCAGUAUCCCUGGGUCAGACCCACACCGGGAGCACCGUGCACAAUUCCAGUCUCUGUAUCCCUGGGUCAGACCCACACCGGGAGCACCGUGCACAGUUCCAGUCUCCGUUUCCCUGGUCAAACCCACACUGGGAACACCACGCAUAGUUCCAAUCUCCCUACCUGUGAGUCACACCCGCAUCGGGAGCACUGUGCACAGUUCCAGUUUCUGUAUCCCUGGGUCAGACCCAUACCGGGAGCACCGUGCACAAUUCCAGUCUCCGUUUCCCUGGUCAGACCCACACUGGGAACACCACGCAUAGUUCCAAUCUCCCUACCUGUGAGUCACACCCGCAUCGGGAGCACCGUGCACAGUUCCAGUUUCUGUAUCCCUGGGUCAGACCCACACCGGGAACACCGUGCACAGUUCCAGUCACAGUAUCCCUGGGUCAGACCCACACGGUGAGCACCGUGUACAGUUCCAGUCUCUGUAUCCCUGGGUCAGACUCACACUGGGAGCACCAUGCACAGUUCCAGUUUCCGUACCCCUGGGUCAGACGCACACUGGGAGCACUGUGCACAGUUCCAGUCUCUGUAUCCCUGGGUCAGACCCACACCGGGAACGCUGUGUACAGUUCCAGUCUCCGUGUCCCUGGGUCAGACCCAUACUGGGAGCACCGUGCACAGUUCCAGUCUCCGUGUCCCUGGGUCAGACCCACACUGGGAGCACCGUGUACAGUUCCAGUCUCCGUGUCCCUGGGUCAGACCCACACCGGGAGCACCGUGCACAGUUCCAGUCUCCGUAUCCCUGGGUCAGACCCAUACCAGGAGCACCGUGCACAGUUCCAGUCUCCGUGUCCCUGGGUCAGACCCACACUGGGAGCACCGUGCACGGUUCCAGUCUCCGUAUCCCUGGGUCAGACCCAUACCAGGAGCACCGUGCACAUUUCUGGUCCCUGUAUAGUUCGGAUCUGUGUUACCUGAGCUGUGUUCUACUGCUGGGUAGUGCUGUGCAAGUGUGAAAUCAUUCACCUAUGUCAGCCAGAAGAGUGUUCAGGUGAAACUCUUGGCUGUGAUUUAAGUCUUUUUUCAUAACCAAGUUCUUUUGCGGUCACACCUCCUGUUGUGUUUAAAGCAGAGACGUCAUCUCUAAAUACAGGAACAAGCUGUUGUUUAUAAUCAUCUCAUUGAGUUGGGGUCAAGUGCAGUGUAACUUAAUCUGAUCUGAAAGUGGGAAUUCUGGCAAAUGUCCCAUUGCCUGUGUCUCUGUGUGGGACCAUUCUCCUAUUACUGGGAUCUCAGUUCUGCCCAGUGUCAACUACCUGAACACCAACUUCCCACAGUGUUCCCCCCACCGCCCCACCCACUCAGCUCUCUGUAACGACCGUGAAAUUUCUGACUCGACUUGGAGGAGGCUGACAGGAAGACUCAGCAAGUCAGGCAGCAUGGCAGCUGGCGGGGCAGCAGGGAUAAACCAGUUUGGCUAUGUGCUCAGGAAGCAGAGAUCGCUGAUGCAUGACAAUGCAAUGACUGAAUGUCUUGAGGGAGUUUCGGUUUAAUCAACUGACGUGCGUUUUCCUAAAGUGGAUGUUCAUAGCUUGCCAAUGUGGGCACCCUCCAACCUAUACACCCCUCUCCGUCACCGGAGAACACUAAACCCCUCUGUCUUCGUAAACUCCUACACACCUCUCCAUCUCCAUGAACCCCUACACCUCUCUCCAUCUCCGUGACCCCCUACACCCCUCUCUGCCUCUGUGAACCACACUACCCCUCUCUGCCUCUGUGAACCCCUACACCCCUCUGUAUCUGUGAACCCCCUCCACCACUCUCCGUCUCCGUGAACCCUUACACCCCUCUCCAUCUCCGUGAACCCCUCUCCGUCUCCAUGAACCCCUCCACCCCCCUGUCUCUAUGAUCCCCUACACCCCUCCCCAUCUCUGUGACCCCUACACCCCUCCGUGUCUCUGUGAACCCCUCCACCCCUCACUGUCUCUGUGACCCCUACACCCCUCUCUGUCCUGUGACCCCCUCCCCGUCUCCGUGAACCCCUCCACCCCUCCCUGUCUCUGCGACCCCUACACCCCUCCCCAUCUCUGUGACCCCCUACACCCCUCCCGUCUCUGUGACCCCUACACCCCUCCCCAUCUCCAUGAACCCCUCUCUGUGAUCCCCUACACCCCUCCGUGUCUCUGUGAACCCCUCCACCCCUCACUGUCUCUGUGACCCCUACACCCCUCUCUGUCCUGUGACCCCCUCCCCGUCUCCGUGAACCCCUCCACCCCUCCCUGUCUCUGCGACCCCUACACCCCUCCCCAUCUCUGUGACCCCCUCCACCCCUCUCCAUCUCCAUGAACCCCUCUCUGUGAUCCUCUACACCCCUCCCUGUCUCCGUGAACCCCUCGACCCCUCGCUGCCUAUGUGAACCCCUACACCCUUCCCCGUCUCCGUGACCCCUCCACCCCUCCCCGUCUCUGUGACUCCCUCCACCCCUCUCCAUCUCCAUGAACCCCUCCACCGCUCCCCGUCUCCGUGAUCCCCUACACUCCUCCCCGUCUCCAUGAACCCCUCCACCCCUCCCCAUCUUUGUGACCCCCUACACCCCUCCCCGUCUCUGUGACCCCUACACCCCUCCCCGUCUCUGUGACCCCUACACCCCUCCCCGUCUCUGUGACCCCUACACCCCUCCCUGUCUCUGUGAUCCCUACACUCCUCCCCGUCUCUGUGACCCCCUACACCCUUCUCCGUCUAUGUGAACCCCACUACCCCUCUGUCUCCCUAAACCCCACUACACCGCUCCGUCUCUGUGACCCCCUACACCUCUCUCUGUCUCCAUUGUACCCUACACCCCCUCUGUCUCCGUGAACCCCACUAACCCUCUCUGUCUCCGUGAACCCCUCUCUGUCUCCGUGAACCCCACUACCCCUCUCUGCCUCCAUGAACCCCUAGACCCCUCUCCGUCUCUGUGACCCCCCUACACCCCUCUCUGUCUCUGUGCCCCCUACACACCUCCCCAUCUCUGUGACCCCCUACACCCCUCCCUGUCUCCGUGACCCCCUACACCCCUCCCUGUCUCCGUGACCCCCUACACCCCUCUCCGUCUCCAUGACUCCCCACACCCCUCUCUGUCUCCAUGACCCCCUACACCCUUCUGUCUCCAUGAACCCCUACACCCCCUCCAUUCCGUGAACCCCUACACCCCUCUCCGUCUCCAUGACCCCCUACACCCCUCCCUGUCUCCAUAACCCCCUACACCCCUCUCCGUCUCCGUGACUCUCUACACUCCUCCCUGUCUCCGUGAACCCCUACACCCCUCCCCAUCUCUGUGACUCUCUACACCCCUCCCCAUCUCUGUGACUCUCUACACCCUUCCCCAUCUCUGUAUGAGAGCCCCUAUACCCCAGCCCAUUUCUUCACAGCAAGCUGCACGUGCACACACACACUCACUCCCAGCCCUGUGUUAUACUGAGCGAGUCAUUGGUUGUAACAACUGGAGGCGUGGGCGGGAAGUCAUGACGAGGGCGGGGAAGUUGUAAGGAGGGAGGGGAAUGUACCACAGACACCACUCUCACCCUCUCUUCCUGACCAGCACCUUGCCACCUGUAGAAUCCUGUACACCGCUCAGACUGUCAGGAGGGAAAUACGCAGCGCCCCAAGAGUGGCCAUCGCAGACACUGGCAAGGAUGUGGAGCAGGAACCAGAGACUGGGGACGUACAUGGCACAGCUCACCUGGGCCCUGAUCCUCCUGAGUGGUGAGGUGGAGACUCUUCGGAUAGAGACGAGCCCUCUGGUGACAGCAGAACUCGGCAAGGAGGCAAAUCUGUCAGUGACCUAUGAGAGUCAAGUGAAACCAAGGGUGACCUGGGAAAUCGAGGGUCGGGGUCCUGUGGCCUGGUGGCAGGUGGGGUCCGGUUUAGCCCACCUGAGCUCCUCUCUCCAGAAUCGUGUGGUAGUCCACACGAACGAGGCGUCCCUCAACUUCAACCGCACUGAGCUAGCUGACUCUGGCAACUACAACGUCACCCUGGAGGCGCUGGACGAGCAGACCGUGACCAGUCGCAUCACCCUCCGGGUAUAUGAGCUGAUCGCCGGGGUGGGGCUGUCGAUACCAGCGGUCGAUGUUAAGGAAGGGGAUCCCACCAUCACUUUGACAUGUACGAGUGUCGCAGGGACCCUGGAGACCCUGAUAUGGAGGAGGAACGGGGAGCCACUCCCCAGCGAUGCACACUUCCAGCAGGCAAGCAAUGAACUGACCAUCCGCGGGCUCCUGAGAUCAGACACUGGAGAAUAUUCCUGCUUCCUGGAAAACCCGUACAGUAACGGAUCAGCAAAGGGUCUGCUCCACGUCUUCUAUGGACCUGACAUCCCGGUAAUCAACAUCACGUCCACAGAGGGGCCCAACCCCUCCCAGUUUGUGCUGGUCAACGCCACGGUAACGCUGACUUGCGCCACCAGUUCGAUGCCCCCUGCCCUCUACUACUGGAAUGUGGGUGACAUCACAGACCCCGGCGUCCCGACCGAGCCCGUCCUGGUCCUGCCCCGCAUCCAGAGGGAGCAGGCAGGCCGGUACACUUGCAUCGUAGUGAACAGCAAGAUCCAAAACAGCACGAGGACAUCAGUCACCCUGAACGUGUAUGAGUUGCCUCUCAGGAAUCUGAGCUGUUCCAUGGAGGCGUUGGGGAAUGGCGAGGGGCUCUCUCUCUCCUGCUGGUGGCCCGGGGGCUUCCCUCGGGCCCAACUGCUCUUGGAGGGGCUGCCGCAGGGUGUCUCAGCGGAGGAAAAGCUCCAUAUCAACGUAAGCACCACAGCCCCGCUGGACCAGACCAACCUGACCUGUGUGGGGUCACACCCAGCAGGCACCAGGACCUGCAUCAUCAGACCAGUAUCCCCCCGGCUGGUCCUUGUCCGACUGGUGUCGACAGACGUCCGUGGGUUUGCUGUGGUGACGAUGACCUGUCAGGUUGUUGCCAACCCUCCUGCCACUGUCCGCUGGUACCGGGAGUUGUCUGAGCUUGGAAGCGAGGCCAUUGUCAACCCCGAACCAGGAACUUCAGAAGUUUGGAUACGGGACUUCCUGCUGGCGAAUCACACCGGGAAUUACAGUUGCCGUGCUGCGAAUCCGCUGGGAGUCGGAGAGCAGGGCCUAGAGCUGACAGCCCCGCUCCUCUCCGACGUCGCGGUGGUGCGGCUGAAUGGCUCGGCGGUGCGGUUUUCCUGGGCAUUGCGGCGCUCCGACGUGGUCACCUCAUUCCGGCUGCAGUCCCGGGGCGGCGACGGCGACCGCGCUUCCAGGGCCGAGUUCUGGAAAACCAUGUCUGUGAUCGGCAUGUCCGAGCGGCAGGCGAUUCUCUCCGGCCUGCAGGCGGACAGGGGCUACACCUUCAGGGUGCUGCCCAUGGUCGGCCUGCAGGAGGGGGCUGCAUCCCAGCCCCGCUCCGUGAAUCCCACCCAAUCCCAGCCGUUAAGCGCAGGGGCCAUCAUUGGCAUUGUGCUGGGGUGUGUGGGCGGUGUGCUCCUCUUCGCUCUCAUCAUCGUCUACAUCAAAUGGACGAGGGGCCACAAGAAGAAAACUCAGACGUCUAAGCCCCAGGGGGUGAAUAGAGCGGGCAUUCAAGCAAACACAGUGGUGACAAGAAGGACCCAUGAGACGCAGCCUGCCAACCAGUAUCAACCAGGUCAACUGACGUACAACUCCGCACACAGUAACUCCCACGGAGGGACCCAGAGCACAGAGGACUGGGAUUGGCAGAGUAUGGUGUAUUCAGUGUCUCAGAACGUGACCCCUGCUGCCAGUGGAAGAUACCCUCAACAGGAUAUUACUCCUCGGACCAUCCUCCCAUCAGAUGUCAAGCUCGUCAACACCAAUAACCACCAAACUUCGGACAGGCCCUCAAAGCUCACCCUCCAGAGGAGAAAGGCCACCAUGGUUUGAAAAGCUUUCCUCAUCCCCUCUUCCCACCUGCCAACUCUUCUCGCCUCACCACCAAUGCCAGAAGGAUCAUGGUGACUUUGGUGCCUUCAUCUUCUGCAAGUCUCAAUGGAAAUCGUGGCAUUCCCUAGGAGCUGCUGGUCGGGGAGACCUCAGGGCCAAUUUCAGUGUUUGUAGUCUCCCCUUUAAGUGGAACAGCUGCUUUUAAAUUCUCCAAAAGGGCAGGAGUGCGGCUGCUGUCAGCAGGUCGUUGCCUCAGGAUGGCUCUCGAGGUGGUAGGUGGUUAGGGUCGCUGGUUCGAUUCCCACCAAGGCAACUCAGGGAUUUAAAUAAUUUAAUAAAUCUUGUCGAAUUAAAUGUAAAAAUAGUAGAAAUUAUGUAGUGUACUCCAGAACAUGGGACAAAGACUUUAAAUCUGGUUUGUAAUCACUGACAUAUGCUGUGAAAUUUCUUGUUUUUUGGUAGCCAGGCAUAAGAAAUUAUUAUAAUUUACAGUAAGAAAAAUA